AUGGAUGGGGUGGCUGGAGGUGUGGGUACCCCCACUAGCGCCGGGGGGUCUGGGGGUGACAGCCUCCCCAGACGUAACGGAGGGGACUCAAAGCGGCGCAGUAAGGGCAGCCUGACCUCUCCGGGCUACAGGCUGUCCCAGGCCUCACUGGAGGGGGAGAGGGGCUCUUUCGGGGCAGACAGCACUUCCUUGGGUGGACGUGGCCGCCGCCUCUCCAUCAUGAGCUCCUCCACCAGGGACGGCCUUCCCUUCCGCACAGCAGGCACCCCGACCACACCGGUGCCCCUGCCGCCCCCGCCACCCUCCUCCUCUGCCACAGCCCAUCCUCCACCACGCUCAGUGGGCUUUGCCUCAUCCCGCGCUGCCCUGGCCUCCACCUCGUCCACUGGGACAGGAGUGAUGGUGGUGGCCACUGGCCUAGAGACCACCACCACGACGGCCUGCAACACCACUGCAGCGGGGACACCAGAGAUGGUGGGUCAGUCUGGACUGGGUGGGUUUGGCAUGGGGCUGGAUGGGGAGGACUACAGCACCUCCAACCAGAGCACCUUCAUCCAGAGACAGUUUGGAGCCAUGCUUCAGCCGGGGGUCAACAAGUUCAGCCUGCGCAUGUUUGGAUCCCACAAAGCUGUGGCACUGGAGCAGGAAAGACUGAAAUCAGCAGGGGCGUGGAUCAUACACCCCUACAGUGACUUCAGAUUCUACUGGGACCUGUUAAUGUUAAUGCUGAUGAUGGGGAACUUAAUCAUCCUGCCAGUGGGCAUCACUUUCUUUCGAGACGAGAACACCCCCUCAUGGAUCAUCUUCAACGUGGUCUCGGACACUCUCUUCAUGGUCGACUUGGUCCUUAACUUCAGGACCGGCAUCAUCAAGGAAGACAACACCGAGAUACUGCUGGACCCCAGGGCGAUCCGCCAAAAAUACCUGAAGAGCUGGUUCCUCGUGGACUUUGUGUCAUCCAUCCCGGUGGACUACAUCUUCUUGAUGGUGGACAGUCUCGACUCGGAGGUCUACAGGACAGCCAGGGCGCUGCGCAUCGUCCGCUUCACCAAAAUCCUGAGCCUGCUUCGACUGCUCCGCCUGUCUAGACUCAUCCGCUACAUCCACCAGUGGGAGGAGAUCUUCCAUAUGACCUAUGACCUUGCCAGUGCUAUGGUGAGGAUCGUCAACCUGAUUGGGAUGAUGCUGCUUCUGUGCCACUGGGAUGGCUGUCUCCAGUUCCUGGUCCCCAUGCUGCAGGACUUCCCCCCUGAUUGCUGGGUUUCCAAGAACCUGAUGGUGAAUGACACAUGGGGUGUGCAGUACUCCUAUGCUCUGUUCAAAGCCAUGAGCCACAUGUUGUGCAUCGGGUACGGCGCCCAGGCUCCAGAAGGGAUGACUGAUGUGUGGCUCACAAUGCUCAGCAUGAUCGUAGGUGCCACCUGCUACGCCAUGUUCAUCGGCCACGCCACUGCUCUCAUCCAAUCACUGGACUCCUCACGACGACAGUACCAGGAAAAGUACAAGCAGGUGGAGCAGUACAUGUCAUUCCAUAAGCUUCCGGCAGAUGUUCGACAAAAGAUCCACGAGUACUAUGAGCACCGCUUCCAGGGGAAAAUGUUUGACGAGGAGAACAUCCUGGGAGAACUCAGCGAGCCACUCAAAGAGGAGAUCGUCAGCUUUAACUGCCGCAGCCUGGUGGCUAACAUGCCGCUGUUCGCCAAUGCUGAUCCCAACUUUGUGACGGCUGUGCUGACCAAGCUCCGCUUUGAAGUGUUUCAGCCCUCGGACUUCAUCAUCCGCGAGGGCACAGUUGGACGGAAGAUGUACUUCAUCCAACACGGCCGAGUCAGCGUGCUGACCCGUGGCAACAAGGAAACCAAGCUGAGCGACGGGUCUUACUUUGGAGAGAUCUGUUUGUUGACCCGUGGACGGAGGACAGCCAGCGUCCGUGCGGAUACAUAUUGCCGUCUGUACUCUCUCAGUGUGGACAGCUUUAACGAGGUGCUGGAGGAACACCCGAUGAUGCGGCGUGCCUUUGAAACUGUCGCUGUUGAUCGAUUGGACCGUAUCGGCAGGAAGAACUCCAUGCUCCUGCGGAAGUCAUCCCAGGGUGGUUCUCUGGGGGGAAGUAUUGGUCGUGGUGGAGGCCGGGGUGGAGGGGGUCCAGGAGCUGGAGGAGGCCUGGCAACGGGCAGCCUGGGUUCCUGUGACAGCAUGCUGGUGCAGCAGAUUGUCAAGCACGACAGCAUGCCGGCCAUGCAGGAUGCCAUUGCGGCCGCUGCUGCAGGAAGAGGCGGAGUCAUGGGAGGAAGUGGCACAGUGUCUCCUCGGCCACGCCCGGUCAUCUGGGCUCCGCUGGUUCACGCCCCUCUGCAGACUGCAGCUGCCACCAGUAAUGUAGCCAUCGCCCUCAUGCACCAGCAGCAGCAACAACAGCAGCAGCUCCAGCAGUUGCAGCAGCAGCAUGCACUUGGAGGUGCUUUCUUCCUUCCCUCUCCUCUUGUCUCCCCCUCUCCCUCCUCCUCUUUCCCUCUGUCUCCUCCUCGUGCUCCUGUGCUACAGCCCCUCCGCCCCUCUGUGAGCUCUCUCAUUGGGAUGAUGACGAUGGGAGGGAUGGGUGGUUUGUCCCCCAGAGGAGGAUUUCCUGCCUCCCCCUCAACCAUGGGCCCUCCUGGUGGGGUGACAUCGCCCCCUAUUGCUAAAACUCCACCCACACAAGCCUCCUCUGUCCCGACUUCUGUCCAACAAGGAAGGACUCUUCAUUACAGCCUCCGCCUCCAGGCUGAUCAUCCCUCAGUGAUUGCUGGAUCUCUCGGAACCCCGACAGGUGGAGGGCCACCAACUCCACCCCUCCACAAGGUACCUACCACCAGUCCCCCUGCUGCCUCUGGUGCCCCAGCAGAUGGCAACACUUCUGUGACGAGCCAGCAGGGAGCAAAAGAAGCUCUGUUACGUCAUGGAGGAACCAGCUCUCAGUGUCUGCCAGCACUGGGCAGACUCACCCAGGAGGCCAGGCUGCUGUCGGCCUCGCAGCCCACUCUGCCUCACCGCUCCUGGGCUGGACUGCAGCCUCACCCUCCUCUCCACCGAAAGGCCUCUGGUGGUAAUUUGCUGGCGACUCCUUUCCUGGUAGGGCAGUUAGCCAGGGGAGGCAGUGCGGGCAUGCUGACCUCUAACACUCCAGUGCAGCCGGUGUCAAAUAUACCGUUUAAUACACAAACACAAGCACAAGCCACAGUCCCUGUGCAGCCCGCAGCCACAUACACACAUCCUGCCCCUCACACUGCCUCUGCACCCACACCUACAGCUGCACACAUGCCUUCUGCUGCAGCUUUUCCAUCUUCCUCCCCUCCGAAGCAGACCCCGCUCUCCUCUGCCACCCCUUCACCUGCACCCACCCCCUCAUCUCCUACACCUAUACUCUCCCAGCCGCCUCGUCCUAAACCAAUCCCAGUGACCCCCUCUCGCUCCUCCUCUCCUCCUCUCUGCUCUACCCCUCCUUCAGCUGGAACACACCCGCUGCCGCUCACAUCAACUCCUCGUCCCAAACCGGCACCCUCUCCCCGCUCUUCCUCUCCCUCUCCCUCUCCCUCCUCCACACCGCCUCCAUCUUCUGUUUCUGCCCCUGUUCCACUACCUCAAACUUACGGGCCCAAGUCAUCUCUUACCUCCUCUUCUCCCCCUUCCUCCUUGGUCACCUCUUCUCCACCUCAUCCACAGAGCCCCCGAGUCAAGGCAUCCAACACACCUCCUUCUGCCUCUCCGUUGUCUGGCCCCAGUCCUGCUCAAACUCCAAUCCCUUCUCCAAUACCGACUCCUACUCAGACUACCCGCACCCGCACUUCUACCCCCUCCCAAACUCCUACACUCACACCUGUUACUCCUACCCAAACCCUUACCCCUUCACAUUCCCCCUCUCCUGUACCUAUUACAUCUGGCCCCUCCCGAAGUAAAUCCCAGAGUCCAACCCCUUGUCUCCAGCCUACUGUCCCCAGCUCAGCCCGAGGCCCCACCUCGAGCCAGGUCCCAAAACAGGCCUCAACUCUAACCCCAACUCAAACUGCAUCUCCUUCCCCAACACCAGCUAGCUCUCAAACUAAAGUAACCUUCUCAGUACAUCCAGUAAAGCAAACCCCUCCUGUCGUUGCUCCAAUCCCCACAUCAGGCUCUGGUCAUUCCACCAAACCAACCCCAGCGACAACCCCAUCCUCAACAACUUUAUGCCCAAACCCAAGUUCCACUAACCCCUCCUCUCUUACUACCACCACUUCCUCCACCACCACCUCACCUAGUAUCCAGUCUGCCUCUGCUCACCCCCCAAAACAACUGGCAACCACUAUAACUGCCCCUACCCAUCCCUCAAAACUCAAUACACCCUCUACCACUGCCCAGACCUCUCAGGCAUCCACCACUGCACCCUCCCAGUCAGCACAUGCAGCCGCCCCUGCCAACACCACCUCCCCUAAAGGUGGGAAAAAGGACCCUCAGCUGCCACUUGCCAGAAAAGACUCAGAGGGACUAAGACACAAACUGCCUGCCAACAUGUAA